AUGGUUGGCAUUCAGCAAGUUUUCAUCCCCGCCGUCCUGGUCGGCCUUGCUGCAGCUGCUCCUCUCGCCCCUCAGCCUGACAUCGCCGUCCGAGAUGUCAACGAGCUCGCCGGCCUUGACUUGGCCGCUCGUGGCCUCGUGCUCGACCUUGACGAGCGCGAUUUUGAGGACUUCGAUCUCCUGGUCCGAGCUCUUUACGGAGAUGAAAUGGAUCUUGAGCCCCGGGCCAAUCUCUUCAGUGCCGUCAAGGCUGUCGCCCCUGCCUUGAAAAACAUCAAGAACGUCCUCCCUGGAUCCAAGAAGCUAGUUGGAGCCGUUUCAGGCGCCGUCAAGGCCAAAAACGCCGUUGUCGGUGCUGCUAAAACAGUCGGUAAAACUGUGGUGAACAACAAGGGCAAGACUUACGAUCGUCUCCUCAAGACUGCGGAUACGUCGAUGAACAUUGCUAAGACUGCUAAGGGCAAGCGUGACAUCGAAUGGGAUCUCGAGGAACGUGAUGAGUGGGACCUCGAGGAGCGUGAUGAGUGGGAUCUCAAGGAGCGUGACGAGUGGGAUCUCGAGGAGCGUGACGAAUGGGACCUCGAGGAGCGAGCCAAUAUUUUUAAAGCCGUCAAGGCAGUUGCUCCGGCCCUCAAGAACAUCAAGAACGUUCUCCCAGGUUCUAAGAAGCUUGUUGGUGCUGUUUCCGGUGCUGUUAAGGCCAAGAACGCUGUUACCGGCGCCGCCAAGACCGUCGCCAAGACGGUUGUCAACAACAAGGGCAAGACUUACGAUCGGCUUCUUAAGACUGCCGAUACCUCAAUGAAUGUUGCCAAGACGGUCAAGACCAAUCAAAAGCCUGCUCAGGGAAAGCGUGAUGAGGAGGACCUUGAGGAACGUGAUGAGUGGGAUCUUGAGGAGCGCGAUGAUGAAUCUGAUCUCGAGGAGCGUGCUAACAUCCUCAAUGCCGUCAAAGCUGUUGCCCCCGCCCUCAAAAAUAUCAAGAACGUUCUCCCGGGAUCCAGGAAGCUUGUUGGCGCUGUCUCUGGCGCUGUUAAGGCUAAGAACGCUGUUACUGGCGCUGCUAAGACUGUCGCCAAGACUGUUGUGAAUAACAAGGGCAAGACCUAUGACCGUCUUCUUAAGACUGCCGACACCUCAAUGAAGAUUGCCCAGACUGCCCACAAGCGUGGUGCCGAGGAACACGACUCGGCCUCCAAAUACCACACCAAGAAGGGCAAGAAGGCCAGCAAGAACAACAAGAAGGUAGCUGGCAAGAGGAAGAACCGCAUUGCCAAGAAGGCCAAGAAGCACAGCGAGGAAAACUAG